CCUGUCCUCCGCAUCAAGACCCUCAAAAUAGUGCAGCAGUUCAUCAACGCGCUUUCUGCCUCCACACUCAGUGACACGGACUUCGAGCCAGAGGCCUUGGAACAAGUUCGCAACCUGCCACGGGAGCUUUUAAAUCUUGGCAAUAAUGUAUUACAACUUUCUAUUGAAAUCUAUCUAUCCCUUGACAAUGCUGCGGGUGAUUUCUACGAGUGUGUCCGGCAGACACUGUUCCGCACCCUGCCGCACCUUCAGAUGCUCUCGCUCGAUCAAGUUAAACGCAAAGUGCAGGAGAUCAGCGGAGUCUACCCUCUGUUCACUGACAUAUGUAUCAACAGCUGUGUUGGGUUCACGGGCCCGUUUGCUGAGCUUGACAAGUGUCCUGAGUGCGGCGAGUCUCACUGGGAU